UCCGUCCGCCCGAUCCGGCCCUCCCUCUCUAUCUCGUCUUUUCCAUCUCUCUGAUCUGCCCCCUCUCUCUCCCCUCUCCUUUCCCGAUACGAAUUUCCGAAGCCUCCCCCAUCCCAUUCCGCGUCUCAGAUCCGCAAGCGGGAAGCAAUGGAGGGGAGGUGGUCGGCGCUAUGGCGGCCCUGCGUCUAGGGAUGACGCCAUUUCGCGAGCGGCAGGCUCUGUGGUUGCCCCGUGCCCGGCGACAAUGUGGGUUCGCAAGUUGCCGGCAGCGGCGGUGGACAGGCCCCCGGUGGAGCCGCACUCCCUGAAGAAGGUAAGCGCCUCCGGUCACUGAAGCACUCCCUGGAUCUGUUCGCCUCUGCCCACGCUCACCUCUUCAUGGCAUAUGCCCAAAGGGCAGCAAGAUGAUUCUUACCGGGUGCAAGGUUAGGGUAGAGUACGGCGCCAGAACAGGGGCAUUCUAGGUUUGUUUCUCUCCUCUUCGUGGUUCUGAAUAGCCUACCAGAUGUAGAACUUUUUUGGCACUCCAUUUUAUCUGAGCUUGCAAUUAUCUCGUCAAACACACAAGACACAGAAGAUUCUCACAGAGAAGCCAAUAGCAAUUCUCUGAAAAUUAACUAUUAUUUCUUGCCUGACACAGAAAAGUAGAAAACUUCUAUGUUGCAGAAAUUCGAUCCUUCUGUGAUUUGUGAACACAGUUUUGGGAAGCCAAUGCAGGCCGCCUCCACCACCACCACCGUCCGCACGCACACGCACACGAAUCCUCCGUCGGCCUCCUUCCUCCGGCUGCCUCCUCCUCGCCGCGUCAGCUUCCGCGCUUCUCCGCACCUGAGCCUGAGGGCGACUGCCAUGGCAGCCACGUCGCAGCAGCAGGAGGAGCAGCUGAUCAUCACGCGCCCCGACGACUGGCACCUCCACGUCCGUGAAGGCAGCGUCCUCGAGGCUGUGCUGCCACACAGCGCGAGGCAUUUUGGGAGGGCCAUCAUCAUGCCCAACUUGAAGCCUCCGGUGACCACGACGGCGCGCGCGCUGGAGUACAGGGAGGAGAUCAUGAAGGCGCUGCCACCCGGGAGUAGCUUUGAGCCACUCAUGACCCUUUACCUCACGGACAACACUAGCCCAGAGGAGAUCAAACUCGGAAGAAAGAGUGGUGUAGUCUUUGCUGUGAAGCUGUAUCCUGCCGGAGCAACUACCAAUUCCCAAGAUGGUGUCACUGAUAUUGGGAAAUGCAUGCCUGUCUUCGAGGAGAUGGUCAGACAGGAAAUGCCCUUGCUUGUUCAUGGAGAAGUCACGGAUCCGCAUGUUGACACAUUUGACCGUGAGAAGGUUUUCAUUGAUAGAAUAUUGGCACCACUUGUACAAAAACUUCCACAGCUGAAAAUAGUCAUGGAACAUAUCACAACUAUGGAUGCAGUGAACUUCAUAGAAUCAUGUGAAGAAGGUGUUGCAUUACUGCUAGAAUGGCAUUAUACUUCUACCAUUUUCUAUGAUUAUAACACUUUCAUGUUCCCAGGUCAUGUUGCUGCGACAGUGACUCCCCAGCAUCUCCUCCUCAACAGGAACGCUUUAUUUCAGGGUGGCUUGCAGCCACACAAUUACUGCUUGCCAGUACUGAAAAGAGAGACUCAUAGACAAGCUAUUCUAUCUGCUGUAACAAGUGGGAGUAGACGGUACUUUCUUGGCACUGACAGUGCUCCCCAUGAUAAACGGAACAAAGAACGUUACUGUGGAUGUGCAGGAAUAUACAGUGCUCCUGUUGCCUUGUCCCUUUACGCGAAGGUAUUUGAAGAGGCUGGUGCCCUAGAUAAGUUAGAAGCAUUUACGAGCUUCAAUGGCCCUGAUUUUUAUGGCCUCCCAAGGAACACUUCAAAGAUUGUCCUGAAAAAGAGUGCCUGGAAGGUUCCUGCAACCUAUACAUACAGUUCAGGGGAGAUUGUGCCCAUGUUUACCGGCUGCACCCUUGAAUGGCUUCCAUCUGAUCAGACCGAAGAAUAAACAAUAUUGUUUACUUGGGGAAAUCAAUUCCAUUUGUUUCCCCUUUCUGUUAGAAUCAGCAUAGCAAACUACGUGGAAUUCUUCAAGGCUAGAUUAGCGAGAAUAACAUAUUGAAAGCAACAGCGAAAUGUCUGCUUGUUGAGCUGUUAUAUUAUAUCCUUUUGGGAUUGCAGACUUUGUAAGGAAUCGGUACUCGUAGUCUAAGAGGGGGAGAGGGUGAAUUAGGUAACUUACUUAUCUAUAGCUUUCAUUACUUUACAUCAAAACAUAAACUAGAUCAUACUA